CUGCACCUGUUGCCUCUCUGAUGUCGUCCCGUUACCUAAGUCUACGCAAUGGGGAGAGGCCUCUGCCCACAGACUUCCUUUGCGGAGAGGAGUGUUCUUGCUACGCUCAGAGCGAUACUCAUUUGGUUUCUGCAAGCCGAGUGGCACCGAGGGACCCAAGGAUGGGAAGGGGCCGGCUCCGCUUGCCUGUUGCUGCCCUUGGGUUGCUCUUUGCAGGGGCGGUUGUCGUUUUCGCCCAAAAGUCUGCUUCUGAAACAGGGCUCUCCAUCAAGGUGAAGCAGAAUGGAAGGAACGUCACCCUGCAGUGCAGCGGAGGGAGCGGAGGGAGCGAGCCGUUCACGUGGGAGAAGGACGGGCACGUCUUGGAUGACCACAAGGGAGAGUUGCUGCCCUUGGGCUCCGAAAUGGAUGACCCCAGAGGCUCCUUCUCCUGCUCUUCUGGGGACCAAACCGCCUCCCUGCAGGUCUUCUUCCGGAUGUGCCAGAACUGCAUCCACCUCGAUGUCCCGACCAUCGUGGGGAUUGUGAUAGCCAGCCUUGUGGCCACCCUGUUCCUGGCCGUUGCCGUCUUCUUCCUGGCUGUGGAGGAGCCCAGCCUGCGGUCUCAAGCUUCCGAUAAGCAGAACCUGCUGGCCAACGAGCAGCUCUAUCAGCCCCUUGGAGAACGCAACAACGGGCAGUACAGCCAAGUCGGGGUUGCCAAGACGCGCCGCCGGUGAAAAUGGGGCGCAGGAGGGGAGCAUCCAGUUUGCCCCUGGCGUUCCUGCCAAUCUCGAUCUCUUCACCUUGAGCAGAUCACAACAGUUUCUGCUUCUUUUACCAAGACGUCCAGAUGGGAAAUGGCUCCAGGCAGUAGAAUAGGAAGCCAGGUUUGAGCCAAAUGAUUUGUAUACUGAUAUUUCUAUUUCUGCCCCUGCCUUAUGGAAUGCCUUGCCGCCCUAUAUGAGAGCCAUGCGUGAGUUAGGGCCUUUUACCCUAGCACUCAAGACCUGGCUCUUUACUAGAGCUUUUAAUCUAUGUUAAUUUUAUCAAUAUUUGUAUGUAUGUAUUUUUAUCCUUUACAAUUUUAUCUUGUAAAUCGCCUAGAGCAUCUUGGAUGGAGGGCGAUUAAUAAGUAAUUAAAUGAUGAUGAUGACGACGAUAUAUUUAGUUUCACAGCAUAUUACAUACCAUUUUGGAGAGACUGAAUGUACACCUGUGUGUCGCUAACACAUUUUAGUUGGAGUCUUGUUGAUAUAUGUCUGAUAUAUGUUCUAUACUGAAAACUGCUCUGUGUAGCAUUUAAAUCUGGAUGAUUGCAAUCUAUAAAUCUUUAUACUCUGUAAGUUACUACUCUGUAAGUUACGACCAAUACUGACUGAAUUUGGUCAUCAGUUGUAUUAUUAUUUCUAUUAUUGUUAACAUUAUUAUGUAUAUGAUGCUCUAAUAUACAUAUUGUGUUCUAUGCUUUGAACCUUUAUCGUGGUGCAUAUUUUUCAGAUAUUGUUUAGAGUAGAAUAGGAAGCCCAAAAUAGUUUGCUGUGCACUCAUUUUGUAAAGUGAUCCCCUCUGUCUCGUUAAGAAAGGCAUGGGCAAACUUGGGCCCUCCUGGUGUUUUGGACUUCAACUCCCACAAUUCCUAACAGAAGGGUUCAGUUUUGUGUCUCCUUGUAGCUCAAGUGGGGCCUCUUGCGUGCCAUGCCCACCCCUUUCCCUCAAUAAAAGUAUUGCUUGCUUUCCAAAA